CUCUCCGAGAUGGAGUCGGUCAAGGAGACUGCCAUUAAGCAGGAAAACUACCUGCUGGCCGAGCAGAUUCGUGUCAAGAUGAGCGCCCUCGUCAUCCAAAGCACCAUCAUGGAGCACCAGCUCAACACCGACAUCCUUGUCCAUUUCCUCACCAUCUGGCAAGACAACCUGGCCAAGUCCAUCACGGAGCAGAUCAGUGCUGUGUCUUCGAGUGGCAAGAGCCAUCUGCCAAAAAGCUACCCAAUGCAGGAGCCCUUCCACAUCAAGGCCCUCGAGUUCCUCCGCAUGGUCCCACACAACUACUACGAUUCUAUCAUCCGCUCGCUGCUGAUGAUUGUGCCCUACACUCUGCCCGAUAUCCAAAAGUCGCCCUUUCAAUGGGACUUUUUCUCCCGCAAGAUUGAAAAUCUGGCCGGAAAGCGGCAGGAGAUCCAAGACAGCGUUCGCUCCGUGGCACUGCUGGGUAUCCUCGAUCUCAUCGUGUGUGUCACCGGCCUGGCUACUGUCCAAGACUUGAGACCCGAAACCAUCAGCCUAGUCCUUCGCCACGCCUUUUUCGAGAUCCGUUCGUCAGCACCCAAGCAUUUCAUCCAAAACUAUCCUGCCCCGGAAGCCGAAAGUAACAUCAUCAUCCGAUGGUCCAUCAUUCUUGGCGAUCUUUCCAAGAUCAGCCGGACAGACAUUAUCCGCCAAGUCACGACAACGCUGGAUAUAAGCAAGAAGGGCUCCAGUGCCUCGUCCGAGGAAAUCAUCAUGACGCUGUCGGCUGUGCGAUAUGUGUCGGAGCGCCCUACAACCGAGCAACAGUCCCAGGACAUCCUCAGGCUCCUGCACGAAUUCAAUAUCUUCUUCGAGAAAGCCAAAAAGGCCAGCGUCCGCAUCGCCGUCAUCCAGGCCAUCGAGCGUCUUGUUCAGCCCCUGGACUUCACCGCCAUGCUCGGCAACGAAAAGUGGGAGACACACAUGUACAACGAGGUCUCGGAUCUGUAUGUGCGAGCCAAGCGAUGGAGCCAAAUCGACGACUUGCGCGGCGCCGCCCUCCGGCUGUGCAUCAUCAUCCUCGCCAACUCUCCCAAAACAUUUUUCCAAACCCACGGCAACACGUUCUUGUCGCUCGAGAUCGCACCUCUCCUCAAGGAGACCAAGCACAGCAAGCGCAACAAAGACCACCACGCCUAUGACUGUAUCCUGCAGUUCCUGCGUGGCCGCUUCUACCUCGACAACAAGGCCUUUGCUCGAUCCUUUGGAACCUUCACGCUUGCCGAGUCUUAUGGGUAUAUGAGCCGGCCUGUUGGCGAAGAGUCGCCCAACCAGCUCUCGGAUCGCGUCAAGGAUAUCACCGACAUGCUCUUUUAUCGUCAGAAGCCCUUUGGCAAAGACAACUUGGAGACGCUCUCAGAGAUUCUUGUCCACAUGGCCACCCACCACCUCCCAAUGACUCUCAAGGUCAUUGGCUCGCUCCUCGAGACCGGCGGCACGCUCGAUCACCACGUCGAAUCGUACUAUAUUGCGCUCAAGGCCCUGCGCGUCAUCCUCGAUCCAGGAUCUGGCUUCUCCACGCACUCGCCCUUCCACGCCGAGUACGAGUUCCAGUACCUUCUCCAAGAGGCUGCCUACCAGUUCGAGGCCUCGAUCACCAACAUGCUCAUCCUGUGCGACACCCACGUUGGCAUCGGCGUCCUCGGCAAGGCGGGCCGCGUUCUGGACCAGGUCGCCUGGGAGAAAACCGGUGCCGCUCACAGAAGAGCCUCGGGCGCAUACGAACAAAACGACGACGAUAUCUUGGCGAUGCUCUCGGAGGCCAUCCACCGGGCUGGAUACAAUGCCGAUCCAGAGGCGCUCUCUGAAAACGACAGCCGAAGAGUGCCCUAUGGGUCGACCGACACUUCGUCCUACCACAACUCGGUUGGAGCCAGCGUCGACACCAUCAGUCGCACUCGCUUUGCCAACCUGCUACGAUCCACCCGCAGCUCGCUGAUUGCCGAAGACGGUGUGCUGCCGGCCGAGGGCCCGCUCAGCCACGAAGUCAACCAAAAGGUGUGCGCGACCGUCCAGUCGUGGUAUCGCAGCUUUGGCAUCACCGACGCCACCGGCAGCAACCUGCUCCUCGUCUCCCCACUGACCGACCCCGUCCUCAUCGAGCGAUCGGCGAUCAAGGAAAAGUCUGCCAAUCCCACAGCCAUACUGCUCUUCAAGGAAGUCUUUCGGAUCAUUCCGUUCGUGCCAGCCGCGGAGCUGGUCGGCGGCCAGUACUUUAUCGGCGCGCAUCUGAUCCACAGCAGCGAAAAGGUCGCCAUCGCCACCUCGCACACUAUCCAAGACAUUUUUGCCGCCCACCCCGACAUGCGCCUGAGCAUCAUCAAUGGCUUCAUCAACUACAUCAAGCUCACCGUGCACCAGGAUGAUAUCAGCAUCUGCACCGUGCUGGAGCAGCUGGGCUUCCUGAUCCGCCAAUGGUCACAAAAGCAGGCCUUUGCCCAGUCCGAGAGCAUCAAUCCCGAUGUCAUCUACCGUGUCUCGUGCAAACUCGACGGCCUGGCCCUGCUGAUGCUGGCUCGCCCCAACCCACGCAUCCGCAAAGCCGCCCUGCAGAUCCUGUCCGACUUUUACGUGAUCCAGGAGGCCGCCGGCCACCAGCCUUCGGUCUCGGGCCUCCCGCUCUAUGCCAUCAUUGCCCAGACCGAGGAGCUCAUUGCCAAAUACGCUCUGUACGCCUUUGCGGAGAGCGAGCUGAACAGCUACCUGCUCACCCCCAAGCUCACGUCUUCGAUGCCGCUCCUGAACAUUGGCGACGUUGCCCUCUCGGACUACACCCAUCUCUUCCGCCUCUAUCUCGGCGAGUUGGCCAGGCAAUUCACGCUGCUGGGUCGGCCCAAGGCCCUGCGUCACUGUGCCAAGUUCCUGCGACAGCUGGCGAUCCCCUGCCUCACCACCAUGACCCAGGUCGAUGACCACUUUGUCUCGACCUAUGGAUCGUACUUUUCGCUCAUCAUGGCCCUCUCGGCCGUUCCCAACACCUCCGAGGUGCUGUACACUCUGGUGUCGACCGACAUGGAUGACCAGCUGAUGUUCUACCACUUCAAGGCCUUCAUCCCGCCGAUCCUCAACUCCGAUAACGCCUGGGAGAUCAAGGCUGUUGCCGAAUCGGCGUACUUUGCUCACCGCAACCUCAUCCAGCUGUUCAUUUUCAACUGCUGGGAGUGGUUCCUUGAUCUGCGCAACAACAACCCCGCCCCGUCCAUGGUCGACAACGUCCUCUAUCUCCUGCGCUACUUGGUCCAGAACCCCGACUUUGAGCAGAUUGUGCAAGAGAACCCCUUGUUCAGCGCCACGUCGAUCGAGAUCAUCUCGGACUUGCUCAAAGUGGCCUCGACCCUGCUGCAAAACACCAACUUUAUUGUCAACGGCCCGUCCUACCGCCUCAACACUGCCUUGAACUACGCCGCCAUCGUCCAGCGCCUGGCCGAUGUGCUCUAUCACCCGCGCCAAACGGCUCUCCGCGAGGCUCUCCGGAAAGCUGCCGAAACAAAUGACGAAGUGCCUCUCCCCGACCUGGGCUGGGAGGAAACCGCGCGCAUGGACGCCGUCGAGAAGUUCCAUCGCUGGUUCGAGUUGCUCCAACAGGUGCCGCCACUGGGCCGCUCCACCCCAGCCGCCGACGACGAAACGUCGCUCCUGCUCCACUACCGACGACAGCUCAGCAACCAAAUCGGCGUCGCCACCGAGCGGCUCUUCCUCCUCGGCGACAUCUACGACACCGACGGCUUCCCGAGCGCCUAUCUGCACUGGAUGGUCAACCUGCAGUCCAAGGGCUUCCGCGUCUUCUCCACGAUCCACACAGGCUACGACAAUGUUCUGGACACUGUCCUCUCCAACAGCUAUGUUGGCACGCCUCUGCACCUGACCACGUUCUCGGACCUCGUUUUCGACCAAAUCCUGCCCCGCCCGCCCGAGAGCUCGCUCCUCUUCCUCAAGAACAGCGCCGAGGACGACCAGCGAUUCAUCCAGGACUACAUCACCAGCGUCCAGGGUCUGUACAGCGACCCCACCCGCACGGCCUCCAGCUCGCUGAUCUAUCCAUUGAUCGACCACGACACCUCGGAACGACUCCGUGCCAACCUCGGCAAGUUGCUUUUCUUUGGCACCUACUCGCUGCUCCACUCGGACAAGCAGAUCCGCAUCCGCGCCUUUGGCUUUGUCAGAGAGCUCUUCAUGAUGUUUGGCAUCAGUCCUUCGAUCAAUCUCCGCUCGUUCUUUGCGGGCCUCUCCGGCUGCUUCUACUCCAAGAUGGGGUACAUUCUGCGCGAGCGCGCCCUGCAGAUCGUCCGGCUUGCCGUCGAGCUCUUCCCGCAAGAGGUCUCCUCGUUCGUGGGCGAGGCUGCCCGGUGCUAUGAACGCGUGCAGCGCGACACCUUCAGCGUCGAGACGUCGCCGACGACGCUGCUGCCGCACCGGGUCUGGGUCCUUGAGUUGGUGAUCCCUUGGUGCCGUCAGGUCUCGUUCGACCGCGACUAUGCGCUCUACACCGACUUUACUCGCUUCGUGAUGGAUAUGUCGCUGAUGUACCCUCCGUCGGAGGAGGUGCACGCCUGCUGGAUCGAGCUCACCGACGGCGAGCUCUAUGGUGCACAGAACGCCAGGAUCCUCACCGAGAUCGUCACCCAGGUCUGCGGCCGCCGCGAAAUCUACCGCGACGUCUGUCUCAACUACCUGUCGCGCAUCUUUUCGAUUCAUCCUGAGGAAGUUGUCUCGAUCGUCGCCCGCAACCUGAGCACUGCGGCCUUCUCCUGGGUCCCGGACAAUGCCGGCGAGCAGCUUGCGCCGCUGACUCAGCACUAUCUGGAAAGCUCGUCCUUUAGCGAUCUCAGAGUCGACGCCCAGACCAGCUUUGCUUCGAUCUGCCAGUCCUCGAUUGUGUUCAUGGCCGAAUUUGUCCUGCAAAACUACGGCGUCGUGGUGCCCCAUCUGCCCACCCUGCUCAACUACAUCGCCAUUCACCUGCCCAAGGAUCUGAGCGAAAACUCGACAUGCACCUAUCUCCUCUCCAAGCUCGCGGAGGGCUACAUCGCCAUGUUGCACAUUUCAAAUGUUGUUUCCAAGCCCGAGUUCUUCCCGGUCCAGGAGCGCGUGACCAAGUUGCUGACGUUCCUGGAGGCCCAGGGAUGCUGCAUCGAGUGGGAGACGGAUGCGGAUAGUCCCAGCGGAAAGGAGCCUGCAGACGGCCAGCUCCACAUCCCUGUCGCCGAGUUCCUGGAGCUGAUUCUGAACAUCUUUGAGGGUGAUCUGCCCAAGCUCCGUGGCCUCGUUGUUGCCGAAGGCAUCCAGUGGAUCACCACAGGCAGCUUGACAUCCGAGGACAUGGUGCAUGCGGUCGAGUGCUACAACAUCCUUGUCCGCAACGCCAGUGCCAAGACAAGCUUGGGUGCCCUCGCCUCGCUCGAGUCGCGCGUGCUGGACUUUGCCAGCAUCAUCGAGAAGCUCGAGCAGGAACUGCACACGUCCAUGCAACCCGACUGGGAUCGUCUCUCGCCGCAGAAACUGAGUGUCAAGACUUCUGCCGAGCGAGUCCUCCAUGCGCUGUUGCGGCUGCACUCGACCUUGAUCGACUACCACACCAAGAAGAAGACACUCCUGAACCAGCCCGAGCUGUUCUGGCUGUCGGCAAGUGUGCUGCAGAUGCCCGUGACACCCUUCAAGCGCAUCUGGGAAGCCGCCCUGGACAACUGCCGUCUCUUCCUCAUCAGCCUGACGCCGAGCGACAUCAGCGCCAACGACGAGAUCUUCCGGUCCAUCUACGACAAGUGCCACACACACUUUGGCGGUUUGCAGCGCGUGCUCCUGAAGGGCCUCUUCCACAACGACAACAAUAUCAAGGAGAAGUCCUUUGAUCUGCUGCUGCAGUCGUGGAUGACGCUCCCGGACACUGUGACCGACGAGUCGCCGUUCGCGCUGAUGUAUACGAUCCUGUAUACCCUGACUUGGAUCUUUGCCAACAUGUUUGGUGAGAUCCAGGGCGGCACGGUGAUAAACCUCGAGGAUAUGGCCGCCCUCCUGCGCGAUGCCGUGAGUCUGAAGGCCAAAUACGAGUUCUCGGGCCUGAUCCGCUGCCUCCAGGAGAUCAUCGAGGUCCCUGUCGAGUCGCUCGAUGUCGAGGACCUGCUCGAAAAGUCGUUCGCCAACCUGGCGCAGGUGUAUGCGCCUCAGUACAACAACAACAUCUCCGAGUACUUUGGACACAUGAUCCACCAUGUCCCCAUCUUCACCAAGACGAUCGUCAAGAUGCUCUUUGUGCUGUGGUCGCUGACGGCGCAGUCUCAGCAGAACGUUGGCUCGGUCAAGGCCCUGGUUCGCAAGCUGCCCUUCGAGGCCAACAUCCUCUCUGGCAAGAACCACCAGGAGGUCAUGCGGCUGCUGGAGUUGGUCCUCCGGGAGACGGCCGACGCAGACGACGAGAUCAAGAUCCUGGAUCUCACCAGCCAGGGCAAGAUCGAGUCGAUCGCCGAUACGCCCCUGGCAUCUGGAAGCGUUGAGGCUGCCGUGCAUUGUCUCUCGGACUUUGGCGUCUUUCCCAGCCUUUUCCUGAGCGAGAGCUUCUGAGAAAGCUUCGUCGUCCUGGAGAGUGAAAACUCAUAGAUCGCCAGCGUCGCUUGGGUGUUUCCUUUUGCUCCAAUGUGUCGAAACGAGCCUGUGCCGUGAUGCUGUUGCCCAACCCCCGGCCGUUUCGGCUUCCAUUGCUUCCCAUUGCCUUCCAUUGCCUUCCAUUGCUUCCCAUUGCUUCCCAUUGCCUUCCCUUUAUCUUUUGGGUCUCUUUGAUCUUCUAUCCUCCGCUGUUUUCUUCGAUCUGAUCAUACUUGUUUUCCUCGCUUCCCUUUCGCCCUCCUAUCUUCGCUCUGCUUUGUCCUUGCUCUUGGGCACCUCUUGCGCUUCACCGCAGACCGUAUCCGGUGUUUGCUUGCUGUCCGUGCCUCUGUAUCGCUUCGCUGCCUUUGCAAAUGUCGCCUCCAGCCCCCUCAAUACAACCAAAGCUCCAACAA